AUGACGUCCACCAGGUGUGUGGCGACAACCGCCGGGGCUCUCUCGGCCACGGCGGCGGCCACUUUCAUCAGGGUUGCGUUGGUCGUCGUGGAGCUCUUGCCAAGGCUGGGGCCAGGCCUGGCAAUUUUCAUGAGAACAGACGAUUUUGUGGUAGUAUACCCGUUCGGCGAGAACAUCUUCUGGGGUUCCGGGCAGUCGUGGACGGCCGCAAACGCCGUGACGUCGUGGGUGGACGAGAAGCGGAACUACCACUUCAACACCAACACCUGCGACGCCGGCAAGGUGUGCGGGCACUACACGCAGGUGGUGUGGCGCAAGUCGACCCGCAUCGGCUGCGCGCGUGUGGUCUGCGCAGGGAACCGGGGCGUCUUCAUCACCUGCAACUACAACCCCCCGGGCAACUUCAACGGCGAGCGCCCGUUCGCGUUCCUCACCCUUGACGCCGAAGCCAAGUAGUACGCACGUGUGAAUGUGAUCAUACAUGCAUACGUGCGUGUGUUUAUGUGUGUGUAUUUUGAAUAUUUACUUCUUUAAAUAUGUUAUACGUACGGUACGUACGUAAAUAAGCGCACAUUCCGGCCUGCAUGUAUCCAUGCGACUCUGUGGAGCGUGUAAGUGUAAUCUUUUUUUUUUAAGAAUGCGUGUAAGUGUAAUCAU